CGAGCGGUCCUUGACCUAGCUGAGUUUCUGCGAAGAUUUCAUCACCCCGAAAAGCAGUCUCAGGCUUUCCCAGAGAAUUGGAAAGACCUUCUUCCCCUCACCCGCAGAACCACCCGAAGCAAACUGCAAGGAAGUUUCCUCCUCUUUCAGCUUCACGUGGCUGUGGGGAAAAUGACUUUUCCCUGAGCAUCCCUGAGCAUCUGGGCAAGGGAAGAGACAUCAGCCUGGCUACCCAGCAGGACAGAAGCCAGUGUUCCCCCACUGUCCACUGUCCACUGACUGACUGAACGUGAUUCACCCCGUCUGUCUGUGACUUAUUCACUCCCGGGAGCCACGCCGAUCGGCAGCGUGGAUGAAGUCGGCCUGCAAACCCCACGGCUCUCCGGCGGGAGCGCGCGGCGCGCCUCCGUGUGCGGGUGCCGCCGAGCGCGCAGCGGUCUCGUGCACGGUGCCCGGGCGCCUGGAGAGCGCGGCGCGCAGGCGCCUGGCGGCCAACGCACGCGAGCGGCGCCGCAUGCAAGGGCUGAACACGGCCUUCGACCGACUGCGCAGGGUGGUGCCGCAGUGGGGCCAGGACAAGAAGCUGUCCAAGUACGAGACCCUCCAGAUGGCGCUCAGCUACAUCGUGGCCCUCACGCGCAUCCUAGCUGAGGCCGAGCGGGACUGGGUGGGGCUGCGCUGCGAGCAGCGGGGUCGAGACCACCCCUACCUCCCCUUCCCGGGUGCCAGGCUGCAGGCAGAGUCUGAGCCCUACGGCCAGAGGCUCUUCGGCUUCCAGCCGGAGCCCUUCCCCAUGGCCAGCUAAGCCGCACGUUUUUUAGGGUGGCCUGCUAGUCUUAGAGAGAAAAUCAGCCCCCUUUCCGGUUAAUUCCAUUGCCUUUGAACCCGUGGAUGAAAUGGUUUCAUUGCUCUCCUUCCUCCAUUUUUUUUUCUAGAUUUCAUGACUUUGGGCUGCUAAGAAAAUAAUGCCCCCCCCCAAAAAAGAAAAUAAUGCCCUACCACUUUUAGCUUAAGACAUGGUCCUGGCGUCUGUCUAUAGAGUUGGUAGAGUGUUUGUCUAGCAUGCACAAAGCUGUGGGCUCGAGCCCCAGCACCUCACAGGCAGAGGUUGGUUGAUCGUGCCUGUAAUCCUAACAUCAUUUGGGAGGGAGAGGAAAAUAAACGGGACCCUGUCUCAAGGAGAAGAAUUCCUCUAUUGAUCAGAAUUGGAUUGCAUUGGGCUGGUACUGAGUCAUCGGACAAAGCGCUACCUUCUUAAACUCUGCAAGUUUGUUAUGACCGGGGGGAGUUAUAUUAGGUGUCUUGUGUAUGUUCAGAGCAGCUACCUUGUCGUGUAAAUGCAUUUAUGCUCCGUAUAUUGUGUGCAUGGAUCAGGUAGAGUCAGACUUUUAUUUUCAGGGGGGAGGGCCCGGUACAGUACUUGGACAUGAGCGCUCUGUAUUUUUU